AUGGCUGCUCGAUCAUACGCCACCGUCGAGUCCGACCUCUUCAGGCCGACCAAGUUUGGCAGCAAGUACACUGUCACCCUCAUCCCCGGUGAUGGUAUCGGUGCCGAGGUCGCCGAGAGCGUCAAGACCAUCUUCAAGGCCGACAACGUCCCCAUCGACUGGGAGCAGAUUGAUGUCACUGGUGUCGACUCUGGAACUCCUGGCAGCGCCGACGCUCUCUUCAGAGAGUCCGUCUCCUCCCUGAAGCGCAACAAGCUCGGUCUCAAGGGUAUCCUGCACACUCCCAUGGAGCGCUCCGGCCACUCCAGCUUCAACGUCGCCAUGCGCCAGGAGCUCGACAUUUACGCCUCCAUUGUCCUGAUCAAGAACAUCCCCGGCUACGAGACUAGACACAAGAACGUUGACCUGUGCAUCAUCCGUGAGAACACCGAGGGAGAGUACAGCGGUCUCGAGCACCAGAGCGUGCCCGGCGUCGUUGAGUCGCUCAAGAUCAUCACCCACCCCAAGUCGGAGAGAAUCGCCAAGUUUGCCUUUUCUUUCGCCAAGGCCAACGGCCGCAAGAAGGUUACCUGCAUCCACAAGGCCAACAUCAUGAAGCUGGCCGAUGGUCUCUUCCGCAACACCUGCAAGGAGGUCUCCCUCGAGUUCCCCGGCAUCGAGUACAACGACAUGAUUGUCGACAACGCCAGCAUGCAGUGUGUCUCCAAGCCCCAGCAGUUUGACGUCAUGGUCAUGCCCAACCUGUACGGUGGUAUCCUGUCCAACAUUGGUGCUGCCCUGGUUGGUGGCCCCGGUAUCGUCCCUGGCUGCAACAUGGGUCGCGAUGUUGCCGUCUUUGAGCCCGGUUGCCGUCACGUCGGUCUCGACAUCAAGGGCAAGGACCAGGCCAACCCUACUGCUCUGCUCCUGUCUGGCUCCAUGCUCCUGCGCCACCUCGGCCUCGACGAGCACGCCAACCGCAUCUCCAAGGCCGUCUACGACGUUAUUGCCGAGGGCAAGACCCGCACCCGCGACAUGGGUGGUGACGCCACCACUCACCAGUUCACCCGCUCCAUCCUCGACAAAUUGGAGACUCUGUAA